AUGGUGUGGUGAUCAGCAGUAGGUACACAUUUCAGAUAACUUCAGACAGCCAAGGACCCCUCUAUAGUGAUACAAUAAUACAAGAUGGAUCCUAUCCAGCAUAAGAUCUACCAUGUAGACAAUUUCCACUCCAGGACCUUUCUUGACACUUACUGUGCCAAUAAACCUGGAAUGGUGUUUGAAGAGGAAUGCCUUAAACUGCCCAUCGAGGAGCUUCAUUAUUUUUUCAAGUUUGCUAACAUUAAAGGAGGCACACUCAUCGACAUUAGUUGUGGUCCCAUCAUUUUCCAUCUGUAUUCAGCCUGCGAGUAUUUCAAAGAAAUCAUCCUCCUGAGAUUCAAUGAUCAUUGUAUCAUAGAGCUGAAAAAAUGGCUGCAUGAUCAUACUGGAGCUUUUGAUUGGACCCAUACCUUAUCAUUUGUCACUGAGAAGGAAGGAAUAAGGGAAGGGAAGGAUUUGCGGCUGAAGGCGGCAAUCAAACACGUGUUAAAAUGUUACGAUGAUAAGGAAAACAUAACUGAUCCAUUGGUGUUACCACCAGCAGAUUGUGUACUGGUUGCAACUGUCCUGGAUGUCAUCAGCAAAGAUAAAGAUGAUUACAUUAGGAAUCUACAAAAGUUCACCAAACUGCUGAAGCCUGGAGGACAGUUACUGCUAUAUGGAGCCCUGAAUGCGACAUAUUACAUGGUUGGCAAAGAUAAAUUCCACCUCUUUAAUUACGAUGAGAACUUCAUCAGAAAAGCCAUUGAACAAGAAGGCUUUGUCAUCAACCAUUUUCAAGUUCGCCCAAGGAAAACAGAAAGUGACCUCACCGAUUUUAAGGCCGUCAUCUUCAUCUCAGCUCAUAAAAAUUAAAUAAUUAGGAAAAACAAAAGGAAUAUGUCAAUGGUGUUCUAAAAAUCAUAGGAGUGAAUUAUUGGGCAGUGGGAUUUUCAUGUAGAAUUGUUGCUGUGUCAUGAAGUUUGAUAAUGAAAGUUCAGAUUUAAUAUCGGCAGUGCUUUCAGCAUCAUAUCUAUAUAUUAAUAUUGUAUUCAUCUUUAGAGUUAUGGCAAGCUUAAAACCUAACUGAUUUUUUUACUUCUAAUGUAAUUAAUGUUAAUUCAGGUGUAUCAAAAUAAAAUGUGUGCAAAGUCUUA